AUGUUUAACAAGUUAGUCUUUGUUUUUGCUCUCGUGGCCAUGGUUAUCGCUCGUCCUGAGGACACUCCAGGUUAUGAUUACUCAGCCCCUUCUUCACCCGGCAAAUACGACCUCAACUAUGCUGUCAAGGACGACUCCUCCAGUAACGAUUUCGGUCACCAAGAAAAUCGUGACAGUUAUGGAGCCCAGGGUUCCUACUACGUCCUCCUUCCCGAUGGCCAUCUGCAGAAGGUCACCUACUCCGUCAACGGCGACUCCGGCUUCGUGGCCGAGGUCAGCUACGAGGGUGAGGCCCUAGUACCCCGCUGA